AUGUCGUCCUUCGGAGCAAAGAAAGUUGUCAGAACCUAUUCGCGACACACAAAGCGCCAACUCUAUGAUGAAGAGCCGCCUACCAAACGAAGACGCGUCGAGACCGGAAUCGAAAGUACCGAAACGACGACCUUGACUCCGUUGGAUAAUUCUCUCACGAUUGUCAUCUCAUCUCUCGAAUGCGAGCGUGAAAGCUCUACUGCCCCUCCGUCCAGCCCAAAAGACUCGCCCGCAGUCUUCUCAGAUGAACCGCCUCGGUCUAGUCCACCAUCGUCCCCGGCACCGCGCAGCUCCCCUCCACCCGUUCAAAAACGGCGACCAGUCUUCUCGAUAUUCAAGAAGCAACUCAAGUCGAACACGCCCGCCAAAGAACCCUUUGCAGAACGGAGUCACAACGCGCAAAGCCCACCGAAGCCAGCACCAAAGAAGAAGCAGAUGACGCGCAAAACAUGUAAGACAUGUGGAAUGCAGUACAUACCGUCGAAUGCCGAAGACGCGGCGCUACACAAGAAGUUUCAUGCGAUGAACCUUGGGGGUGUUGACUUCACCAAGCCAGUCGUGGAGCGCUUUAGGAAGAACCAGAUAUGGAGCGGUGAUGGGAGCUUCAUCGCCGUGGUUGGACGCAAGGAUACAUUGGCGAUGCGCAACCGGGCGAGUGAUGUUUUGAAGGUUGUGAACACAGAGCUUGCUGCUACGAGUCGGACAGCCCAGGCAAACGCAACAGAACGGACUACGCCUGUAUCGAAACCACGACCCUCGGCGAAGAAUCCAGCCAAUGAGGCACUUUGUGUAGGAGCAUGUUUGGCAGAGCGAAUCUGGGAAGCCUACAAGCACGGAGAUACUGUCGCGCCCCAUAGCUCUUCUAUUUCUAUCAGCACCGAUUCCGACCCGGUGGCCUUGGGCAUAUCGCGUAUAUGGACGUCGAGUCAACAAAGAAAGAAAGGCAUCGCGACUAGGCUGCUGGAAUCUGCACGAUCCGACUUCAUCUAUGGGCUGCACAUUGAGAAAGCUCGAGUAGCUUUCAGUCAACCAACAGAGAGUGGAGGGAACUUGGCGCGCAAGUGGAGUAAUUGUCUUACAGUGCUCGAAGAUGUCGCCCCGCCGUCGACUGGCAAGACCAAGAAGUCUGUCCGCAUAUUAUCGCCCACUACCACGAUUCCACCGCCCAUCUUUGACGACCGAGAUGUUACCUUGAACGAGCUCAUGGCCCGGCGAUCGAGCCAAGGUCGGCCUGCGAGCCCACCGCCUCCCGUAACACCCGCCGGCUUUGUCAACAACUCUGUCACAGCGGGUGAAGCCAAUGCCCAAGUUAUUGGGAAAGACGCCAUGGCAAUAGCAGACGCGCCUAUAGAUUCGAGACAAUACUUUGUCGAGCCUCAAGCGCCUCAAUCGUCGAGCACCGUACCAGCGAACCCGUUCUCGAGGACACUGGCUUCGCUGGAACCGCAAGACAGGGAGAGCGACGAGGAGCGGACGAACACGGGAAGACCGAUACUAGGCAACAGCAGAGCCUCUUUGGACGUAGAGAGCUUCAAGAAUCUACUCCUGACCGGAAAGCCUACUCCGCGACCAUCCGGUCCGCCUCCGCAAACUACAAGCGCAUCACAACCGGCCGCUGGCGCGCAAUUCGAGACCAGCAGCAGCACAGAUACAUCCUCAGUCUCAAGACAGUCGCUAUUCGAGCCCAUACAAGAAUCCCACGUUGAUUCGCCACGCACCUCUGUCGAUAUGGUCGACUCGGACGAGGACGAGAGCAUGGGGCUAGUCUCAGAUGUGAAGAAGGGGAAGAAGAAGCCCCCACCUGCUCCCAAGCAUCGACAUGGAAAGCUCGUUACGCAGAGACAACCACAGACACCAACACCGCCUCCGGCUAUCAGACGAACAGACAGUUCAGACACAAACAAGCCACUCCCGCCAACCCCCGUUGCUGCGCCGCAGUCCUCCCAUAUCAGCACACAGGAUACGACCCCGCUACAGUCCCCACCAAUUCCACCGAUACAAGAGCAGCCUUCACCGCCUUCAGAAGGUACAAAUAGACAAAAGAAGGCACCUCCGCCCGUGCCAUUGGCCCGCAGUAGAUCGCGGAGCAGUUCAAACCUUACGAUAUCAUCUCAGCACUCGGUUGACGCCGUACAGAGCCCAGUUCCAAGUAACGUCGACCCGUUUGGAGCAAAGUCACCACCACGUCCUCCACCUUCACGACACGGCGCACGACUCGCGAACCUAGGCAACUCAAGCGCGAACUCUUCUAGCACCGAAUUGCCACAGCGUUCAAAACCCCCUUCAUCCCGCCGGAGCACUCUAGAGUCCCAACCUUCGUCACCAGCGCCGAGUCGAAACGUAUCUGGAGAAAGCACGGGAAGCAACAUGCCGCCACCUCCGCCUCCACCAAGACGUCGAUCAAAUCGCUCGAGCCUUGAUCAGCAAAGACCUCAGGUAUCCUCUUCGUCCCCCACAGAAAGCCGAAGGACGAGCACAGAAUACCGCCGCACAAGUACAGAUUCAUUGAGAAGAGAGUAUGCGCCUGUUGACGAUAAGGGUGGGAACGAAUACGCUUUAUACUCGCCAAUGGAGGAGAGCGAGAAGAAGCUAGGCCUUGACGAGAAUAUGGCUGAUGGGAAGGAGGGCGAGGGUAGGAGCGACUCGACUAACAUUCUCGAUGAUAUGGAAAAAUUUCAACGCGAGAUCGAUGAGCUGAGGACGAAGUACAAACAAGCGGGAUAG